CCCACACGCCUUCUCUCUCGGCGAGGCCAUUAGUGGGCCAACGCUAGCAGCACACUCGUUCGCUAUCUUUCCUGGCGACGACGGCAGGGCGAGUGGCGCCGCCCACCAGUUCUUCGUCGGGUGCUUCGCCGGCGACGAGCAUCCGGCAGGGGAAGCCACAUGUUGUCGAAUGCUGUUGUUGCUUUGGUUCUGUGUGUACGCUAGGUUAGAUAACUUAGGUUCUCAUUGUCCUUGAGUCUUGACGAAAUUCUUGGCUUAAGGAGCAAGAUGAGUAAAAAAAUACAUGGCGAAAGUGACUCUCAGAGAAUCACUAGUGAAGGGACAGCUGCCCGCACAAGACCUCUGAGCAUUCAGGACAUUAUGUUGAGGCGUGAAAAAAAGGCUGCAUCAGAAGCUAAGAAAACCAAGGAAGAGCUCCAAGAAAAUGAUAAGGGUACAUCUAAUCACUUGGAACAGGGAAGAGGAUACAAAAGCAGAAAGGAUUCCAAAGAUAUGUCUGUGGAAGGUUCAAAAAAGAAGACUAGAGAUGCAUCGAGAGAGGAAUCCAAGAGAGAAAAUCCAAGAGUACCAAGGGAAGACUCUAAAAAGGAAGACACGAGAUAUACACCAAAAGUGGUCUCCAAGAAGGAUAACUCUAAAGAUAGGCCCAAAGGGGGUUCCAAGAUGGAUGACCUGAAAGAUACACCAAAGUUCUCAGAGAAGGAUGACCUGAGAGAUGCACCAAGGAAGGGCUCCAAGAAAGAGAGACCCUCCACAAGAGACGAUUACCAUUCAGUUGGCAAUGAUAAAGAUAUUGGUAAUUCUCAGAAAAUUACCAAAAGCAUGAGUAGCCGAGCUGACGGAAGCAAAGAUAGGAACCUUGGUGAGAUCAGAGCAAGGAAUGGUGAUGCCACAAGAUCUGAAUAUCUGAAAGGAUCUGGGAAAAGAGGGAAUGAUGAAAUAAUUGUCAAUGAUAGAAUCAAGGAUAGGAGUGAGAAGCCUCGAAAUGAAACAAAGAGAAAAGGUCGCAGCUUCGAUAAUGAGAAGAGUUCAGAGGUUGAUCGACCAAUGUUGAUGAAACCGGACUCUGCACGGUUUCAAGAUUCCAAACAUUCUGAUAGAAAUGAUGGAAGGAAUGAGUAUGCAAAACCAUACCAUGGAGAUCCAAGGUUGAAAAGGAGAAGGUCUAGAAGCAGGGAUCAUGACCGCGAAAGAUUUGGCAGGUCUAUCUCACCACCAGCAAGGGAACAAAGGCAUAAUUACCGUGGACACGAUUUUGGCAAUUAUCCUCCAUACUACUCAAUGGAUAAAUCAAGGAGGAAGUAUGCUGAAGUUGACAAACAAAGAUCAUCUGGGAGUGGUGGAUACAGUGGUGGGUCACACCAAAGAUACGAACGUCGGCUUGGUGGAUACUCACCAAGGAAAAGGAAAACAGCACCACAAGCUGAGCAGGCAACUGCCAAGACUCCUCCCCCGGUCAUUCAAUCCCCAGAAAAGAAAUCAGCUACAUGGGAUCAGCCUCCUGUGAAAGCAAACCAAUUUAAAUUCCCUACCACUUUGCAGUCAACUGUUGGCCAGAUGGCUCCAUCUACUCCUUCAACUACAGUAGAGACAAUAUUGGCAGGGAAUAGUUUGGCUGCAGAUUCUGUCCAGCUUACACAAGCAACCCGCCCACUCAGGAGGUUGCACAUUGAAAAUUUGCCUGAUUCAGCAACAGAGGAUAGGUUAAUUGACUGCUUGAAUGACUUGUUGUCUACUGGUGUGAAAUAUACCCAGAGGUCUAAACCAUGCCUCAGUUGUACGAUAAACAAGGAAAAACGUCAGGCAUUUGCUGAAUUUCUUACACCAGAGGAUGCUACAGCAGCUCUUUCUUUUGAUGGAAGGUCUCUAAACGGAUCUGCUUUGAGAAUUCGACGCCCAAAAGAAUAUGUUGAAAUGGUGAAUGUAGCUCCUAAGAAGCCUGCUGAAGAGAUUGGGUUAAUAUCUGACGAUGUUGCUGAUUCACCACACAAGAUUUUCAUAGCGGGGAUUGCUGGAGUGAUAUCAUCUGAGAUGCUCAUGGAGAUUGCUAGUGCAUUUGGCCCAUUGGCUGCAUACCGCUUUCUCUUUAACGACGAGCUUGGUGGGCCCUGUGCAUUUCUUGAGUAUGCAGAUCGCUCCAUUACACCCAAGGCUUGUGCUGGCCUCAAUGGGAUGAAGCUUGGUGGAUGUGUACUGACUGCUGUCCAUGCAUUUCCUAAUCCUCCUGUGGAGUUGAAUUGUCAGGCUGCCAAUGAGACUUCCCCGUUUUAUGGUAUCCCUGACAACGCCAAAUCGCUUCUUGAAGAACCCACUAAGGUCCUGCAGCUAAAAAAUGUGUUUGACCUAGAAGAGUAUAUGCAACUUCCGAAAUCUGAGCUGGAAGACACAUUGGAAGAUGUACGCAUUGAAUGUGCAAGGUUUGGAGCAGUCAAGUCAGUAAAUGUAGUUGACUAUGCUGCUGCUAGUGACAAUGCCACAGAAGAUAACAUAGUUCUGCUGGAAGACAGGCCAGUCAAGAUUGAGUGCACUGGAUUUGGUGAUACUGGAAACAUUGCAAAGUCUGGAACAGAAUGUGCUGCGCCGAAUCAGAGCAUAGAUAUUCUCAAUCAUUCUGAUGCUAAAGAAACUAAAGAUGUAGAUCUUAUUCCAGAGAGUCAGGAUCAGAAGGAUAAACACGUCCAGUUAAAUGCAGCCCUUUGUGAGAAUGAAGCACCUGUAGCAGAUGAGCACACAGACAUAGAUGACACUCAGAAUAAAGCUGAUCUCCCCACAUCGCAACAUUCUGAAACUGAUGAAGCAGCUGCGGAUGAGAAUAAACAUACAAAAGCAGCGGAGGCCACCACAACCGCAAUGGAUGAUGAUGCAGUAGAAAGGAGACAUCAAGAGCCAAGAACAUUAGAGAUCUGUAGACCUGCCGAGCCUGGAGAGGAAGUGGAGGAGCCUGCAAGGGACUGUGAACAACAAGGUGCUGUUGAUGUGACUGAAGAUCGUGAAGAAAAAGUACCUGCUGUUGAGACCGGGGACACUGUUUUCGUGUUUGAACCUGGUUCUGUGCUUGUGGAGUUCAUGCGGAAGGAGGCUGCAUGCAUGGCCGCACAUUCAUUACAUGGACGGCGUUUUGGCAACAGAACCGUUUAUACUGGGUAUGCUCCAUAUGAUCUCUACUUGAAAAAGUACCCUAGGUCAUUCUAGGUUUGAGACUGCUGCUACUCUGAUUAGCAAUUAGUUAAGCUUUGCAUAUGUGCCAACAGUUGUAGAGACGGGUAAUUUUGAGCCUUUAGAUGGUUCAGCACUUCAUUCAGGAUGGUGUUACUGUUAGUAGAAUGAAAUAUUGGGUGAACAGUACCGACACAAGUGAUCACUAACCAUACUUCUUAAAUUGAUGUUUAUACUUAUCCUUCUUAGAUUGACGUUUAUAUAUAUUUUUUUUGCAAUCA